CCGCCGCUCUCCGAGCGCGGGGCCGAGCGAGCGGCGCGGGCCAGCGGCGGCCAGUCCCCGGCGCGCGUCGUCGGCCCCGGCCCGGCUGGAUCGGCCGGCUGGGGGGUGACCAUGGUGCUGGACCAGGAGGACCAGGUUCGUAGUUCCUUGCAAUUCUGAGGCACAAAAGUAGGUGAGACUGCUUUUGUAUCUGCGAAGUGCUUCACUCCUGAAUGUAAUUCUAGCUGAGUGCAAUCUAGGUUAAGAGCCGGACAAGCGGGUCAUUUAGAGCCCGCUCGCUUAGCCCGAGGACCGGCCGCCCCGCCGAAGCGCGCCCCGGAGCCGGCGCCCUUCUCCCGGCCGAGCCCAGCUGCGGCUGGACACGGAGCGCCCGAGAUGAUGGUGCUGGACAAGGAGGACGGCGUGCCCAUGCUCUCCGUCCAGCCCAAGGGCAAGCAGAAGGGCUGCGCCGGUUGCAACCGCAAGAUCAAGGACCGCUACCUGCUGAAGGCGCUCGACAAGUACUGGCACGAAGACUGCCUCAAGUGCGCCUGCUGCGACUGCCGCCUGGGCGAGGUGGGCUCCACCCUCUACACCAAGGCCAACCUCAUCCUGUGCCGCCGGGACUACCUGAGACUCUUCGGGACCACAGGAAACUGCGCAGCUUGCAGCAAGCUGAUCCCAGCCUUUGAGAUGGUGAUGCGGGCCCGGGACAACGUGUACCACCUCGACUGUUUCGCCUGUCAGCUGUGCAACCAGAGGUUUUGUGUGGGAGACAAAUUCUUCCUGAAGAACAACAUGAUCUUGUGUCAGAUGGACUAUGAGGAGGGGCAGCUCAAUGGCACCUUUGAAUCCCAGGUUCAGUAACGCCCGGUGCCUGGCCUCCAGGCCCGUGUGUCCAUCUGUCCGCCCGUCCGCCUGGCCAGCCAGCCGCUCCUGCCGUGUCCGCACUCAUGUGUCCUGGACGGGAGGGGCGUCCUCCCUCGCCGCCGCUGUCUGUGUGACCCCCUCCUGGGGCCGGGCCUGUACAGUCUGUCUUCUGUAUAUAAAUGGGAACAUUUAUUUUAUGAGAAAUGUAAUGCGAUUUUAUUACUGGCGUGGAUUAAACUUAUGAAUGUUU